CCUUGGCAUUCCAAGAACUUCCCAUGGCUGCACACAAAGUUCUUAGUGUGGUUUUCUUUGUUUCAUGUAGCUUAGGUAUUUGUUUUGCGACUAGAUCCCUCUUCACGCUUGAUGGUGGAAAUGUUCAUGUUGGCUAUGAUUCAAUUGGCCAUGCAAUUGUAGGAGAACAUGGUGCAACUGGUUACGGAGGUGGUGCUGGUAGUGGGGAAGGUGGUGGUGUAGGAUAUGGAGCUGCAGGUGGACAUGGUGGUGGUGGCGGCGGUGGUAGUGGAGGUGGCAGUGGAGCUGCUUAUGGUUCUGGAGGUGCUGGGUUCGGAAGUGGCAGUGGAGAAGGAGGUGGCGCUGGAUAUGGUGGUGGAGGUGGUGGGGGAAGUGGCGGUGGCGGUGGCGCUGGAUAUGGUGCGGGAGGAGAGAGUGGUGCUGGUUAUGGAAGUGGUGAAGGAGGUGGUGCUGGUAGUGGGGAAGGUGGCGGUGCAGGAUAUGGAGCUGCAGGUGGACAUGGUGGUGGUGGCGGUACUGGAGGUGGUAGUGGAGCUGCUUAUGGUUCUGGAGGUGCUGGGUUUGGAAGUGGCAGUGGAAAAGGAGGUGGAGCAGGAUAUGGAGGUGGUGGUGGGAGCGGUGGAGGCAGUGGAGCAGGUGGUGCAGGAGGAGCACAUGGAGGUGGAUAUGGUAGUGGUGCAGGAGCCGGUGGUGGCUUUGGGAGUGGAGUUGCUGGUGGUGGCGGAGGAAGUGGCUUUGGUGGUGGCGGUGGUAGUGCUGGAGGCGCACAUGGAGGUGGUUAUGGAGGUAGUGGGAGUGGAGAGGGUGGUGGACAUGGUGGCUAUGCCCCUUGAAACUUCAUUCUCACUACUACUAUCAUUAAUUAUGAAAUGAGUACUGUGCCUUCUUACUCUAGUAUGAACAAGAGAAUAAGUUUAUGGUAAGUGUGAGAAUGCUUACUAAUUUAUAUAACGUCUAAAUAUUGAGCUAUGAGUGGCAGAGAAAUACUUGCAAGAAAUUGUACGUUAUAUGUAAUUAUAAUGAAUCUGCAUUGUUGUUGUCCUGUUUUUAGAUUAUGCCAAUUAAGUGCAUUGGAGUGGUCUAAAUAUCAA